AUGGGAAACAAGCGACAACGCGACAAACUUAAGAAGAAGGCGGCCGAGGGCGAUGCCAAUGCAAGAGCAGCGCUUGACCGCCAAAGCGAGAGGAACAAUGAAAGGCUUCGAGACUAUUACAGAAAAGAUCAGCCUCAUCCACAGUCGCCGCCUCGUCAGUCUCAUCCACAGUCGCCGCCUCGUCAGCCUCACCCACAGUCGCCGCCUCGUCAGCCUCACCCACAGUCGCCGCCUCAGUCUCGUGGUCUUUCUUCAUCCCAUGGUGUUGCUUCACCCAAUCGUCCUGCAGCAGUAUCUCAGCAACAAUCUGGUUACUACAACCCUUUCUGGGGAACGUCAGCCGACAGCAAUCGCUAUCAUGACAACAAUCCACAUGCCGGCCCAGCGUACAGCAGACAGCCUACGAUGCCACUGCAGCAGCAGUCUCACGCUCCCCAUGUCGGCCCAGCGAAGGAGGUUGCUGAAGCCGUGACAAGCCCCAUGGCAGCAAACACUAUUGCCAACAAGCGCGUGGCGGCUAUAGUAGAAGAGGAGCCAGUUGAUAUAGAUCCCACGCGCAUGGCACAGAUCUUAGGCGCGCGCAGCAAUCCCUGGUCGAGAGUACUGCGCGACAAAGAGACUCACAGCAUCACGCUAGAUUUUGAAGCUGAUGACUGUUUCACAGGCAUCCAUCCCCCAAACAAAAAGUCGCCUAAGAAAAUACUCAUCAUGCAGUCACGAUAUUCUAACUAUAAUGCUUUCCAGUCAGUGCAGCAGCUCAUACGGCAGUCCUUUGCCCUCGCUAUUCGAAAGAUGCACGCAACUCCAGAAAUCUCAUACACCCGCCUUAUCAUCUUCCACGUAAAUACAUGGCCAUCUAGGAAUCCAUUACCACACUGUCCCACUCACAAUGCAGGCAGGAACUGGGUGCCCUUUAUCGAGCGGAUCAAGACUAUGCCGCAAGGCUCUGCAGUGGAUUAUAUGAUCCGUGGAUGGGAUGGCACUACUACAGUCUAUUCCGGCCUUGAGCAUUUCGUUAGGACGUUUGGCGCUGGAUACUCCAACAUCUACAACUACCAGUUUGACUUUGUAGUCUUCCAGCACCGCGAGUCUACUCGCAUUCCACUUCAGCAGUUGUUCGGCACAUACUGGAAUCCACCAGCUAUUGGAACAAAGCAGCAUGUCAUCGAAACAAUUAUGCGCGUGCGCAUCCAUCCCCCUUUCACACACCAGCAAUACAUGGCCACUCUAGCGUGGUACCAUAUGUUUUAUCGUGACCCUCUUCGAAGGCAGCAAAAUUCAACUCUCGCGUUGAUGUACGUCUGGACCGAGAUAGACAACGCAAAGCGCAAUGGCAACCAAGCUCUCUGGAACAGGGAGCGUCAUACUUUUGUUUAACAGUGGUGGUCUUCCACGCACCGCCUGAUUGGGUUUCAGAGCGAUUUCCGCUUGAUCACGUGCGACAGCUUCCACGGUGCCACCUAGCUUCAUGCCUCGGAAACUGAAACGCUCAAAACAAAGGCCAACGCCAAUUACGCCCGGCAAGCACGGCACUAGCGACGACUCCGCUCCUGCCUAAGGAAGCA